AUGCGACCGCGCCGACUCACGAUCUCAGUUCCACAGCAGCAGCAGAGACGACAGCAAAUGCCACUACCACCACAGAAACAACAAGAUCAGUCGCGAUUCCCGCAACAGAGGAGCAAGUGCAAACUAUCGCAUCCGAUGCUGUACCUCCCCCCGCAAUAUGAACGACACGAGAAAGAAGUGACGCCAGCACCAAACACGGCCGUACCCAACCCCGAAACCUAUCCUCCGCAUGAAAAGACUGCAUGGCAAUCGGCAACACAGGCCCCGGCUCCUCAGCCCGGGCAAGGUCUCGUCGUCCAGAGAGCUGUCGAGUUGAACCAGCUCAACGAAGAGCCGCGUUUGAUCAUCUGCCCCUUCUGUUACCAGGAGGCGAUGACCCGAGUUGAGAAGGAGAGCACUAGUGCCACCGGAUUGGCGGCAGUGGGCUGCUGUCUCAUCGGCGGGAUCUGCCUUGCAUUCCUCCCCUUUUGCAUGGAAAUGUGUCACGACUGCCAUCACUUCUGUACUAAGUGUGGGCAGAAGGUUGCCAUCCGUCCGCAUGACGGCCCAGUGCAACUUUUUGCGCCCCAUCCUCCCGUCGUCGCCACGGCGCCCGAGCCUGUGAAGGCGCCCGAGCCUGUGGCGAUGACUCAGGACCCUAGCGGAAAGCACUAG